GAAGAUUUCCUUCGGCUGACAAAAGAAGAUAUGGUGCUCGCUCAAUAUGAGAACUAUUCGAGCUUCUUCACAUGCAAAUAUUAUCCACCGACUGAAUAUGAUGUUUCACAAUGUGGAUGGGCUGCAGAAGACGCAUCAUUUAUGAUAAGAUAUCACCGCAGACGAAUCGGCACGCUACACUGCGCAUCACGCUUUGAAAUGGUUAUCAACUGUCGUGCUUUAUUCACACUUAACACAUUCAUUUUAUAUGAGGCUAAACCUGUACAGCGCGAGUAUCGAUAG